AUGGCUACCGCCUCUCAUAUCGAACUGGAUCCCGCCGCAGCUGGCGUCUACCAUGUCCCCGACAUAUCAGCCCAGGCUGGUAAGGUUGGAAGCCAAUUAUUGCAGGAGAACCAUGACAAGUUCCAUAUCUACUUCAACAACGGUGGCUUCCACAACCACAUUGCUCAUCAUCUGUUGACCAUCUAUGCUCUGGGUGCCCGUCCAGAAGAGAUCCAGAAGGCCUUUGAUAUCAACCAAUCCUACCAGCGCCCGCAGUUUCCCAUCAAGGAACGAAAUGUCCAGUCGAUGGACGACCCAGAAGAAUUCAAGAACUUCUUAGGCAAGGAGCAAUACUUUCACGACUUUGAGGCUUUCUUCCGCAAGCAGAUCGAGGAGAAGGGCUGGGAGCAAGUUUUGAACGAGCAAGUCUUCGCCAAAACGGAGCACUCUGAGCGGAUAUUGGACAGGAUGUUUGCCGGUUUCUUACAUCCUUUGAUCCAUUUGGGCUUUGGGGUUGAAUUCAAACAGCCGGCUAUCAUUGUCGAAGCCUUGGCUCAAGCAUGCAUACACGACGGCUGGACAGGGACAUUCCUCCAUUCUGCUGAGGAUGCCGCAAAGAGCACACAGUCCUCGAAAAGCCUGGUUCAACUCAUCAAUGAAGCUCGUGCAAGUGACAAGCUCCGCGAGUCGGCGCACUGGGAAGAUGGCAACAAGCUUCGUGAUGGCGUGUUCGUUCGCGCCAAAGACGAGAUGAUCGCUCUGGCAGCACAGUGGCACGUCAAACCCGACGAGCUCGAGCAAAAGACCGCAGAGAUGAUCAAUGCCGCCGUGUAUUUCACAGGUGCGGCACAGAAACCGGACAAACAAGUCAAAUUCGACUUCUUCUACAUGCACUGCGUCAACUGCUCCAUCUUCUUCUCGGCAUUCAUCAAAGAACCCUGGCUCAAGGCGGAAGAUAUGGCCAGGCUAUUGGAAUGGAAGGGCCGGAUGGACCUCGCACUGUACGUGUCGAGAGGAUGUCCGGAACUGUUGAUCGACGAGAUUAAGAACUACCAACCCAAGAAUCCCAACGAUGGAUGGUCGGAGAUCAUUCGGCGGGUGGAUCAGUUACCUGAUGACGGACACGCGAGUAAGCUUGUGAGGGCGUUGGCGAACAGCGAGCAAGUGUGCAAGCAGUAUGAAAGCCAGCCAGAUGAUGUUUUCGCGAUCAAAGGGGAUAUGUUCUUGAAGCUCGGGCAUAUGGCCAUCGACUCGGUGGAAGGUAGCGACUCCAACUGGGUGCGAUCAGCAGGCUUCGAUGAAGCAUGGAAGGACGUCCCGGCGCGAGCGAAAUUGUGA